AUGCCAUACAGUGCACUCGAAGUGAGCAGUUUACCAACUAUCGGCAGCACAUCAUCUGUAAUAUUAGAAGCUCGCAAUUUUAUAUCAGAUGACAAGACCCAGUACGUUGUCGUUAUCAGAGUUACAAAUGGAGCAGGUUUGACAGCAGAAGCUUCAUCAAAGUCAAUACAUGUAGAGAAGGGAAACUCCCCUGGAACAGUCUAUGAUGGUCGAAGUAUCAGUGAAGAUGCAGAUUUCCAGCAGGAUCUCUCCAGUCUCUCCAUGUCGUUCGAUGGCUUCGGUAGUGAUACGUGUGGAAUAGCCGGCUACGACUGGGCGAUAGGAACACAUCCAUAUCUGAGUGACAUAAUGCAUUACACAAACUAUGGACUUACGAUGGUCAGCGACAGUUCAGGAUAUGCUGAAAUAACAAAUACAAACUUCAACAAUGUGAAGUACUAUGUUACAGUCCGGGCUAUAACUGGUGUGGAAUGUCCAGACUCGUACAUCGUAUCAUCAUCAAAUGGUGUAAUGGUUGACCAUGAAGUUCCUGUUAUAAAUCAACAGUACAGAGGUCAAAUGAUGACUUACUCACUUUUGUUUUUAAACCAAACAACAACUCUACCAAUAUCAUGGUCUGUAGAGGAUGCAAAUAUUAUGCCUGUGAUAUCCUGGUCCAUAGGGAGCCUCCCAGUCUCUGGUGAAAAACACACUGUUGAUAUUUCAAAGUCGGGUCUUGAUCCAUUGGACAUAAGUCUUUCAGCAAACAACACAUAUUUCGUGACAACAUAUGGCUCGGAUAUGGCUGGCAACGCGGCGUUAAUGAGUUCACCGCCAAUCACAGUUGAUAACACUCCUGUCUCUAUUAUUGACUAUGAGUGUACACCCUUUGUAUCAAUGAUGUCAACAAUUGUCACUUGUUCUUGGAGGUUUUUCGAAGAAGCAGAAAGUACCAUCACUAACGUAUCAAUCACAGCACGUACAGAACAAGACAGCUCACAUAUAUUAGUGGCAACCAGGCUAUUGGCAACUGAGAGACACUGGAGCUUUGACACAAAUGGAGUUUUUCAAGAUGCAGUUUCAUUCCUGUAUAUAACUCUGGAAAUUGAAAAUGGUGCACAUCUUCGUAACAAAUUCUUCAAAGAAAUCAUCUUUGAUCAGACACCUCCAACCAUAGGGGAAGUGUCAGUAGUUACAUCAUCUAAUCCAUCAUCAAAACAGGAAGUAGUCUGCCAGCAACAAACAACGUUCAUAUCUGUAUUUUUGAAUGGAUUCGAAGAUCCCGAAUCACAGAUAGACAGGUAUGAAGCAGGACUGGGAAGUGAGCGAGGACUGACAGAUGUUCUUCCAUUCACAAAAGUCAGUUUGUCCAAAGGACUGUUUGUAGUUUCAAACCUACACUUGGAAUCUGGAACCCUCAUCUUUGUCAGUGUCCGCAUUUUCAACAAAGCCGGUCUGUUCAUAGUGAAAGAAAGUUGUCCAGUUGCUAUCAGCCCACAACCCUACCUAGUUGUUUUAGAUGGACUAGGACAUGAUGAUAUUAACAGUCAACAUGACUUAACGACCAUUCAGGGAAGGUGGGGCUACUCUGAUCCCUGUCUAGUAGUAUCAGCAGAGUGGGGAGUAGAAGACAUCACAGGGGAGAUUAUCAAAGACUUUGAACAAACCCCUGGGAACGGCCAUAGAUUCUACAAUGAUGAAUUGACAUUGGAGAAUAUGAAGACAUACAGAGUCAUUGUGAGAACCACUGAUGCCCUCAACCGCACCAUGAUUGGUAGAUCUGAUGGGGUGAUGGUCAAGAUUCAGCCUCCCGUUCCUGGGAAUGUUCGAGAUGGCAUUUCGUCUGACAUCAACUACCAGCUACCUACAAAUUACCUUGCAGCAAAUUGGGAUCCGUUUGGAGAAAUAGAUGAUUUGGACCCAUCACAGAAAAUUGAAUACUAUGAAGUGGCUGUAGGGAAUGACAGAAGAUAUAAAGAGAGGAGAUCCAAUAUUCAUUUCUUUGAAAAUGUUAGUCUCAACAGAAGUUAUAUCUUUAAGCAUUUAAAUCUAACCGCAAAAACAGUUACAUAUUACAUCACAGUGAGGGCAUACAGUUCUACUGGACGUUAUGAAGAAUCUUUUUCAAAUGGAAUCCGAGUUGGAUUUGGAACAGACAUCGUGCCGGGAGAUAUCGAAGUUGCUGAGUACCAAUCCAGCACCAGUGAAAUACCAGUAUCCUGGUCUGACUUUAUAUCUGACUUUAACAUUCGGAAAUAUGAAGUUGCUGUUGACACUGAAGAACAUACAGAGUCAAAUACAAGCUUGGAAUGUCAGGCUUUUGUCUUUCAGCCACUUGUGGCAUUUGAGUCUGUCAACAAAGACACAAUCAAAACCAUAAAAGGUCUUCAAUUAAAUCAUUCUGAGGUUUACUUUGUCCUUGUCAAAGCUGAAGAUGAGGCAGGGAUGUGUCUGAUUGCAUCCAGUAAAGCAAUUACAAUUGAUACAACAUCACCUGAACCAGGGCAAGUGAUCAUUGAUGGUGGACGGUCAUCUGGUAUUCUAUAUGCCACUCAACUGCACUCUCUACAUAUAAACAUGACAGGAUUUACAGAUGAAGAAAGUUCCAUAGAUUACUACACAGUAGCAUUCUUAGGAGGCUUUUUCUGCACUGAUUCAACGUCCUUAUCCCCCAAAGACAAAGACGUUUUACGUUCUGUCACUGUUUCAACGUCCGAUGCCCACUUCAACGAUCUCAUGUUAGACACAACCAGGCCAUACUAUAUACAGGUUACAGCAGCUAAUAAGGCAGGUUUGAAGACAACUGUGACAAGCAAACCUAUUUUAGCAGAUUACAACCCUCCAGUUGCUGGAAACAUACAAAUUGGGUCAGAUUGGAGGUACAGUUCAAGGUCCUGGGGCGAUACGAAUCUGUUACAGGGCACAAUGCUCAUCAAUACCAACAUACACGAUUCAACAUGUCAAACUGAAAGAGAAGUACUGAAGAAUGACUAUAAAAAGGAAAUAAUGAUUUUGGAUGAUGUUUUCCAAUCCCAAGCUGUUGACAUUUUAGACAAUAACCAUGUCAAGAUAUAUGCACGACUUGACCCCUCGCUGCAAAUGUUUGAGAAAGGAGGAGUCAAAACAAACCCAAUGCUGCUGAUUGAAGGUAACUAUUCAUUUUCUCUUCAGGCUACAGCACGACACAACGUUUCAUCUAUUAUAGGUCUGGUUCAAGAAAGUCUUCCAAGUCCUGAUGAUAUCUUAAAGGCUUAUGCAAAGAUAUUUAUAGAUAAAUGCAAUGGCAGUGCAUGUUCUAAUGGCAACAGGACUGUAUUAACUGAUGAAGAGAGUUGGAACCUUGGCGUUCUCUUGACUAUGAAUAACAUCUCAGAACCCCUCAUUCUGUUCUGGGCCAAGGAUAAAUCCAGAAUCAAAGUUUACAAUGUCCAUGGAGACUUUGACCCAAGUUUCCCACUGAACGACUUUUCCUUUCAAACAAUAAAUGACUCAACACCAUCAACAGAUUCGUGGAAUGUAAAUCUAUUCAUCAACGGUCAGUUGAAGGGACAGCAUUCUGGACUGGACAUCCAAGGAUACGUUGUCACCACAGUGUUCUCCUGGAACAAUAAUGGAUAUAUUCCACAAGUUGAUGAUCCAUUUGACCCAUUCUCAACUAACCUUCUCCUAUCAUCAGUGAGACUACCGCUCCCGCAAAUACAUCCAUGUCGGUAUGGAAGGGCAUUUUAUGAUUCACAGAGUGGUAUAAAGGAUAUUUUUAUUGGUCUAUCAGAUUCUCAGAACACAACUGCAAAUAUAGUACCUUAUAAAAAAGAAAUGUCAUUUUGUGUUCCUUGCAAGGAUCUUUGCAAAGAAAGUUGUGGCUUUGAAGGUUCCUGUUCCCAGAGUACAGACCAACAGGGAUUAUCAAUCAGGCAUUUUGAACUCAGCAACUUGACACUGACUCCGUCUCGGAUGACUGAUCGUAUUAACUACACUGAUACCCAAGUAAGUGCCUACUAUUUUGAUGUGAAAGUAACUGAUCAUGCUGGUUAUGAAAAACAAAUCAAGUCUGAGGCAAUCAUCAUUGACACAACACCUCCAGUGGUGACUGAUGUCACUUGCUUUGAUCCGGACUACUCGCUGUAUGAACCUGCACUGUACAUUGGAAAUGAUCAUGCUGUUAGUGCUAAGUGGGAGAUAUCCGAGGAUUUUAGUGACAUCAACGCAGUCGUUGUUGGAAUUGGAACAAAAUGUGGACUACAUGAUAUUGUUCAAAUGCCCCUUCAAAACAGAUUGAAGAAUGUAACAUUGAGUUCAACAAACGAAAGUCUUCAACAGGAUCAAAAGUAUUUUGUUGGCGUUACCGUGGUUAAUUCUGCUGGUCUCAACCACACUGCAUGCUGUCCAUUUAUCGUUGACAUUAAAUCUCCCACAGUUUCCUCUACUGAACCAGUGCCACUGUUUGUCUCAGCAGAAGAUGUAGCCGGACUGAACGUUUCAGUUACCGAGUACAAUGACCGGGUUGGAAUCAAGUGGGAUGAUCCUCAUAGUGAUGUUGAUUAUUUUGACUGGCAGCUGACGAGUGAGAAUUCAGCCGACGAAAUUUAUCAAACAAUGCGAGUCGGUUCCAACACAACUCGACGUGUCGAGAUCCUGAAGGGGAAUAUACGUCUUUCUCAUGGUGCUGUCAACGUUUCACUGUCUGAAUUCCUUAACAGAAACUUCUCUGAUGGUCUGAAGAGUGCGGACUUCAAGAAUAGUCCUCUCAUGCUGGAACCAGGCAAAUGUGUCAUCCAAACCGUGACUUCUGUCAGUAGAGCUCAUAAGAAAACGGACAUGACGCCAAAGAAGACCUGCAUUAAACGCAAGAAAGACAUAGUUGUAAAACAAGGUACCAACAAGACACUUGUGAUUGACGGCGAUGUCAUCUCCGAGUCAUUGGCAAAGCACAAUCGUUCUGUUUGUACAAUAUCAGUGGAAGUUUCCAGUGGCGCCCUAACGGUCGGUGUACUGAGCAAGACCGAUCAACACAUGGCCUACGGUGCUCCGGCCGCCGUGAAUUAUUCUCCUUACAUCGUCAGCCCCGACAUCACCUCCACACAGCUGUCCCGGUUUCUCACUGGAAGGCUCUACAAGUUUGUUAGUCCUGCUUUCUACCUGUCGCCGAUCAGCAAUGUGCAACUAACAGAAGACAUCAACGUUGAUUUGCCAACAUCACCAGUAGAUGAACACCAGGAAUCAGCGAUCAUUCUAUGGGACUCCGGUGACGAUGUCUGGCGCCAUGUCAGUGAAAUCUGUGAUACUGCUUCUUUGAGGAGUAACGUUUCAACGAAUGAUUCUCAUGCAAUACAGAUCUGCAAUUUAGUAUUUAAGAGAAGCUUGACAAAAUCAAAUACACGCGAGAAGAGGGCAACGCUUCCUUUCUCGAGUCCAAGAAUGUUUUCCGGUGCAAUUGUGUCUAAACAUAUGAACAAUACACCUCCCAUCAUUGACACCAGUGUUAUCCAAUGCGUCGAGGACAGCUUUGUGAAGCAAGUCAUCAAGUACCACGAUCUGCAGCAUGACAAUUUAACAUUUACAGUAGAGGAGCAUCCUUAUCGCGGUGAAGCCAACCUCACAGCAGAGGGAAUGCUAUCCUACCGACCAGAGAAGGAUUUUAAUGGCUAUGAUAGUAUCCUCGUAAAUGCAACUGAGGUAUUCAUACAUGAUUUGGGAAUACAAUCAUCUACAUUUACGAAGAGAAUACUCAUCAACGUGUCAAAUGUUAAUGAUCCACCUGUUACUUUCUACCAGAGGGACACCCAGUCGCCAAUACCAUCAUUUGUUGAAAGUAUUCACAAGGUGUAUGUUGAAGGCAAUCUGACGGAUCACUCGCUGGGCUCGUUUUGGAUCGCAGAUGUUGAUGACCCUGAAGAGCUGACAAUCCUUCAAAAGGAUGCAAGGGGACUGGCAGCCAACUUUACACUUACACAGGUUGAUGCGCCUGGGGAAGAUGAAGAGACAUACAGAAGCAUGUCCAUGAUAUACUCAGGGACAACUCUGACCAAACAUUAUUUGAAGCUGAGGACCCUCAAGGAAUUCCAUGGGAGCAUCCAGUUCUCUCUGCUGGCUUUAGAUACGAAUAAGAGCUUCAGCCACGCCCUGUCCAUCCGCGUGUUUGUCCUCACCAGCCCAUGUUACCAUGGUAGCUGUGCUCCAAGAUACCCGAAUUUACCAUGUGAACAUCCAGACAGAGCAACCAGCUUUCAAGCCUAUCACUGUGAAUGUGUAGCUGGUUACGAAGGACAGUUCUGCGAGAAGGAAAUCAACGAAUGUCUGAAUACCCCCUGUUCCCUUCUGUAUGAUUGCGAAGACAAACUGGCGACCUAUGAGUGUCUCCUGAACAUCCCGAAAAUUCUUGCCAUACUUGUCUGCAUUCUUCUGCUCUGUCCAGGUGUUGCCUUUUACAUAAGUCGCAAGUACAGACAAAGACGUCACAUUUGGAAUGUGCCGGACAACAUUCCACAUACACAUACGAAUCCUGUAUACCUAGUAGGGUUCACAUCAACAGAACAACACAGUGACGGUGGAUCAGACACGGAGCAGACGACUUCCGGGUCGGCCUCCACCUAGGAACAACUACAAGACACCUGGGUGCCGUUGUACAAAGCGAUCUCAUCGCUAAGGUGACCCUAACUCUCAUACCUUAGCCUAGUUAAGAUGAUCUUAGCGCUAAGGUUGUUUUGUACAACAGCAUCCCACUGGUUUUCAAGAAAAUUACAGAAGCACGCCUGCCUUGUUCAUGGGUCAAGGACACGCUAAGAUUCCUCACAGGAAACUGACAAACCCUCUGUCGAACUCACAUAAAACCCUUCGUGCAGCUGUUGACUGAAAGUGUCGAAUUGUUCUGUUUGUAGUUUAGAUAUUCUGGUAAACCCUAGGCUUCAUUUGUAACUCAUAUUAGAGGAACCCUAUUAGUAGCAUUUUGGGUACUCACUGCGAAGCUGUCACUGACAUGAAUGACUGAUUUCUCAUGACAUCAUUCAAUCAUAUGGAUAUUCUCGCCACGAGGAAAUUGCUUUCAAUCGACCGCUUAUAUUAUAUUGAGAUUUUGCAUGUACCAUGUACAUUUCGUGCUGUCGUAAUUAAUAAAUAGAUCUUGUGACACCA